AUGACCGGCGUUUCGACCGAUAUUGGAACCUCGUUCGUUCGCCCCGCCGGACGCCCUGGAGAUAUACUCCAUGCCAAAGCAACUUUGACAGGGAUCGGUAGACAAUUGGCGUAUUGUAGAGUAGAGUUCAUGAACCCUGCCGGAGAACUGGUAGCGUAUGGUUACCACACUAAAUACGUUGGAAAAUCUUCUGAACAUCCGAAAAACGUCAAGCUUUCGGAAGAUGGAGAGAGGGUCUUAGAAGGUGAAGUUGAUUAG